CCCUGAUUGGCUAAUGGAAGAUCUCCCGGCCGUGCGCGCCGCUGCAUCCCCAAAAACAACAAUGCAGUUUCCCUCUUCACAUUUUCAACACUCAAUCCUCUCCCCACCAUUUUCCCCGUCCGAUCCCGUCGAGGUAGAGCUAGACUUACUUCAGUUUCAGACUCGACGAUGAUCUGUUUGUUUCAGAUCCGCCAAGCCCGCACAUCCACAAUGAAGACAUUUGACCUCCACCCGCAGCCCGGCGCGUAACUGGGUCCGGGUUGUCGGCGCGUACUGAGACCAUAUUAGUCGCCCACCAGUGUAUUAUUAGAACAGUUCGAGGUCGGUGCAGAUUGACGUACUUAGGAGCCGCCUGCCGUGGCAAUUGGUGUGUUCCCUGCCGGAUCCUGGCUGUCUCAUAUCAACCCGGCGCUUAUAUACGUCCCCCCAGGGAACACGCACCGUGGAGGCAUCCGUGAUCUUUCCUCGACAUGGCGGACCCUCGUGCUUGCCGCCGACUCAUUGCAAACUCAGGCGUUAGCCAUAUUUGGGUAAAUUUAGGACCUUUGCUACCCAGAAUAGACGAAACACACCCGUUGCCGAUUAUAGAUCCUCCCUGGCGCUUGCGCGAACCAUUCCUCAGGCAAUCGAGUCUGAAGAUAUCAAGAAGAUGCAAAUUAUAGUAACAUUUUGACGCGCAGCUACUAGCUGAAACACUUCCCGGUGCUUGAAGAUCUCCUGCUGCGAGAAUCGCACCAGCAGGAACUGGCGGCCCAGGUGCUAACCCUACCCAUUCUGUACCUGAAGACACCACGCAGACCAGGGUGUUGGCGGCGUCUGAUGGAGCUUUCUCCAUGUUUCAGAUUAUUUCGUCCCUGGCUCUCUCUGUUUACUGCUUCUUAUUUUUGGCUCGCGGACGAAGCAUUUAACCAACAGCCGUUUCCCACUCUCCUGCUGGGCAAAAGUUUCGUCGACAUUCUCACCCUGGCCAUGAAUUGGCUUUGAUAUCCCAUUUCUUAUUUCAUACUUCUCUAAUCCUUACUAUUCAUCCAUACUGCAGGAAGCUGGAUCUUCCGCGGCAACUACCACCAACCGCCUAAUACCUUCACGAUAACCCUAUUCCGCCUCAUCCGCCCCGCAAAAUCAUGUCCGUGGGCUAUCCCUUUUACCGACCUACCACCCCUCCUGUCGUUCAUUACCAGGAGCUGGUUGGGCAAUGCCAUAACCGCAACGCAUCGGACUCCUCUAUAUACUCCAACGACUCGUCCCCCUGGUCUGCCGUGACAUCAACCACGAGCCCAACGGUGGAUUCCCCACCACGCUACCAGCAUGGCCCUGCUCUCCUACCUAGAAUCAGGUCACAGGAUGUCGUCAUUGAGCCUCCGCCUACAACGGGACCGCAUCGCCACCGCCGGUUCCUUUCCAAUACUCGAAACCCACCUGGGUUUGUCCCAUAUCCGCCGCGGCGUCCCUCUAUCCAGCGCAAUGUGGUCGAGGUAUCGGACCGGCUGGCUGCUGUCUCGUCUGUUCAGAAUUCGCCAGUCUAUGCUGCAUACAGUGAAUCCACGCUGUCGUCCCCCGUGAGCAUUACACCGUCCCACAAGCGCAGAGACUCUGGCAAACAUUCUCGCUCCGGCUCUGCGUCUAGCAUUGAUGAAGAGACGUUGAAACGAUACGGCUUUCCCACCUAUCGCCAGUUUCCUAAAUAUACAGCUCAGCCUAAGCCCUCUCCUACUGCACCAAUUACCCCAGCGACGCCCAGCAUCACUCUUUACCCUCCAUAUUCACGAGCCUCACCAGCUGAGCCUUCAGCCCAGAUUCACCAGAAAGCUCCUUUGCAAGCACCCCUAGCGCUUCCAGCCUCCCCCUAUGGCUACGCCAGUGUCCCGAGUGCUCAGUGUUCUCCUGUUGGUCUUGCCCAUCCGACUGCCGGCGUUUGUGCACCGUCAACAACCCUUCUUUCGUACCUGACAGGUCCGACGCAAGCCAUUAACCUAGUCCGCAACGUGAGCGUAAUUCCUACUCGUGGCCUACAUGACUACUUUUGGUGGGACAUUAGGAAUCUACGCAGCUGGACCAGCUUCUCUCUGGCCACUUUCAACUCAAUCAACGGUCUUACAAAGUUGCUAAAGACUGCGAUCCCUGCCGAACUCACUCCACCGGCUGUCGUGCAGAGUAACCGUCUAUCGCCAGACUCUGAAGCCGCGCUUAUCAGUCUCGUUCAAGACAUCUAUGCUCCCCGAGUGAAUGCGGCUCUCAAAGUAUCUCAAGGGCCCGAUCAUAUCUCCCUAUACACUGCCCCUCCGGCGCUUCGCGCCUCGAAUAACAAGCAUCACGGUGGACCGCACUUCCUCGCCAAUUACACAUCGGACACCGAGCAGACAAGCUCCGGGUCCCCCCGUGGCCGACUUGUUGGAAUUGUCAAGAGCUUUGACCGUUGGAACACGGGAAUGCGCAACGAGGCACCUCACCGUCGUGUAGAGUAUCUCAACGGCUUAGCUCAUUUGCAGCGGUGCAUGCGCGAACACUCGUGCCGCUACGGUUUCAUCAUCACCGAGAUUGAGCUCGUCUGCGUCCGGGCAGGAUGCGACCAAGGCGACGAUGUGCCCUACUUUGGAUUCCUAGAGGUGUCGGCACCGAUCCCAACCAAUAUUGCAGCAAAUCCGGCCGGUCUCGGACACGAACUUGACAGCAGUUUGACUGCCUAUGCCUCACCUAGCUCUCCGACACCUUCCAUCGACAGCUCCUUGGGGAGCCAGUCCCCUCCGGAGGAAGGCUACUCCAUCUCUACACCCGAAGCACUCAACGUACCCAUGACCGCUAGCCUAGCUCUUUACUUUCUUCUCAUGCUCUCAAAAUCCGUACCAUUACCGUCUCAGCCCUCUUCGCAUCUCAACGUCGGCGGACCUGGGGCGCUUACUCGACAACGGGUCCUCCCAGACGGCAAGGACAAGUGGAUUCCCGAACCGCAAAUUGGCGAGAAGCGUGAUGCAAAGCGCGUAAGAGGUUGGAUCUGGCCGCAUGACGCCUGGCAUCGACGGGAGGGAGGCGGCGUGCCGCGCUCAAGGACAGCGGCACAGGCGAAGCAGAAGAAGUGGCAUAAAUAGAGUACAGCGACCUGGUUGAUAUCUAGGUCCCGACCUUGGAAGCUUUUUUUUUUUCUGUACCUUUUUACUUCUAGCAUAGCAACUAAUGUAAUGCCUUAUGAUAGAUUGUUGUCAAG